ACAGAAGCUUGCGGCAUCUUGAGGGAUAUUUUAAAUAUAUAACGUCGCGACCUAAAAAGUUAAUGAAUAAAAAAUGUCAAUUCAUUUGUUUUACGAAUGCUUUUUAAUUAAGCAUUUUUUAUCUGGAGGGUCACAGGUUAAGUACUAAUUCAAUUUAUUAAAUUAAUAUUUUUAUAUUCUUCUAGUAUAAUUCAUUGUAUAUUCAUCUUGGCAUUUUUGAUUACCUUAGUUUAAAGAGCCCACGAGCACUAGCGCGCGCGCACGUGAAGGCCAUGUUCUUGCAAUAGCAGCGCCGGAGUGAAACAGCGCUUUGCUGAACCGACCCUCCCCGUUGGCCAGGGCAGGUGGAGCUGCACAGCUAGUGGUGCUGUGCUAGCUAGUCUAGAGCAGCACUGCGCUGUGCAUACCGUAUGUGUGCGCUGUACGGUAUAAUGAUAUGAUGCAAGCGUAUCGUACUAGUACAGUGCGUCGCGUCACUAGCUUUCGGACUUGGAGUGAUGUCUUGAUCGACGAGCUAAAUUUGCAAGUGAUUUUACACCAGUAACCUUAAUCAAGAACGAUUUUUGUUGUAUGGAGAACAAUAACUUGAUCUGAAUCGUAAAUAUAGGAUUGUGGAAAAAUUUAAUAGCCAUGAUUUAGACAAUAUUUAGGCAUUUUUAAUUCACGGUCUGUAUGAUCGUGCCAUCGCAGUGUGGAGAAUGGACAUUUUUAAAUUAUCCAAACUGCUUUGUUUUGCAAAUGUCGUCUUACUUUCGGAACGUGUUUCUUGAUAUAGCAGCAGCUUUUUCUCCCAUGGCUCCUGGGAACAUGAAGUCUGAAUUUAUUGGAUUGCAGCGAUCGAAACUCACUGGUAAAUCUUAUGCUACUCGUAAAUUGUAUUUGAAAAAUAGCGACGGUUCAAGCAACGAGAACGUGUCGCUUCCAGUCAACAUGGACGACCAACAUCGUGAUGGGCACAACAACGCGGCCGACAAUAACCCGUCUGUUGUUUUGAAUGCUUCGGCGCUGGCCAUGCCCCGCGAUGUUAUCGACAACACAACAAAGCCGAGUGACAAUCCAAACGCACGAUCGGGAGAUGGCGGGUGUGCUGCAGUUGCCCCAACAAGUGCAUCAUCGCCGUGCAAAGUGAAUGCAGAAAGUGAAAUUUCCCAUUUGAAAGUGCUUUCUAUGUUGCACUUGGAUGUUAUUGAACAACAGCAGAAACAGAUCCAAAUGGUUGAAAGAGAGGCACAACGAUUGCGUUUAGAAAAUGAAACGUUGAAGUGUAGAUUAGAGCGCAUGAAUAGAAGAACUCAUCUCUCCGAAAAGGUUGAGCCUCAAACCAAUAACAACAACAAUCAUCGCCCUAUUGGAAGGCCCCGGAAGAUUCUGGAUUCCCCGGUGCAAAAAAAGAAGCGUAAGUCAGAGCUAGACGUGUCGAUCAACAGCACCGGGAAGCAGUCAAUAGGUCGAGGGGUCAGCACACCCAUCAAAGACAACAACGGCAACCUCAACUCCAGCAUCUCAUCGGUACGCUCCACCAACACAGAACUGAGCAAGAAGCAAAGAAGGGCAGAGAAACUUGCCAAGAAGGAGGAGAAGAAGAGCACAGGUAGACAGGACAGUAAAGAGUCAAAGGACGAUGACAAGUUUCAUCGAACAGAAGUGAUGUACCCUUGCUUGAGUGACUUAAGGGUCCCCCAGACUGUUCUCCUAGAUGAAGAAUCUGUAAUGGUUCCUUCAUGGCGGGUCAUCAACAUUCCACCACCAAGUACAUCCUCAGAUGCUCCAGAGGAGUGCAGCGAUGCUGUCUUUGAGCAACGCCAUAGCAAACUGGAGCAGGACGAACGGAAGCGGAAGAGAUGGGACAUCCAGAGGAUACGAGAGCUUAGAGAACAUGAGAGACUUGUUAAUAAACAGAAGCAGAGAGAGUAUGCUCAAUGGGAGCAUAUACUCACCACAUUCUACCCUGGAGAAAAUGAUGCUGAAUACAUCGAGAUGAGUGAUACGAUUCCAGUCAUCACCUUUGGUGUACAGGUCCCAACAGUUAAACCAAGUGAGUUUGAGUUACCGUGGUUCGAUGCGAAGCAGCGGGAACGAGACGAACAACGGAGACAGACGAGAAGAAUGACCAGUCGGAGAUAGCAAGAAGUCCGCCAACCACUCGAUGGCAUUCACUCGUAUUCCAUUUCAUUUGGGUUGUGGCGUAUAAUAGCAUCACCAUACUCUCUCUUUCUUGCUACAGCAAUCAUUAUCUUUGACUAUUAAGAGCAGCUUGGUAUACAUUGAGCCCUGUUUCAUAAGCUUGCUAUAGUGGCAUGUUACUGUGAACUGCUACAUGUAUAAGCUGCUGAAUUCCUGCAACGUUAUUGGGCAAUAUUGUAUUGGUGUUUAGUUCUUAGCAUUCGAUAUUGAUAACAGGUAUUGUGAUGUGGCCCAUAGAGUUUGUGACCCUGGCAGCUUUAGUCAAGAUUAUAUUACUGCGCAUGUUAUAUGGAAACUUGAAGAAACAAAUUGAUAAUUCUUCCUUAGUAUCAUAUAUCUGUGCUCGUAGUGAGUUUUGAAGCUGUACCUGUAUGUGCAGAUAUAUUGCAGAUGUAGAAGUUCAUCAUUAGCUCAGCAAAAACUAAGUUUAAACAUCAUGCAGUAUUGCAAGUUUGUCUUGGGUAUUUUAACAAAAUUUUGAGAUGCGUAUGACGAUCUUUUAAAAAUGAAUCCCACCAAGCAUCUUUUCAAUCCUAAACCUUUUGUUUCUGCAUAUACAAAAUAAUGGGGGAUCAGGAAAGUUCCUGUGAAACCAUGCAUUGAGCAUGAUGAUGGUGAUGAAUAGCAUUUGUAUAGCGCCAUUUAUCUGUAAAAAAAACCCAUUCAAAGGUGCCGUCAUAGCCAAAGAAAGGUUGUGAGAUGCUCACCUAUGAUCAGUCCCAAUCCAAAUUGGAAUCAGGAUGAAAUGUUUGGCUUUAUUCAAGUUUCCAAGGGGGGGGGGGGUAUGGAUGGGGUAGCAGUGGAAACCAUUAUCUCAAAUGCCAAAGUUCAGGCAUGGGGCAUAGGGAAUAAGAGAGAAGAUAUUUUCUUUCUACUACCAUGUCCAUAUUGGACUUGUGUAAAUAUAUUUCAUCUUGUACAAUAAAGUAAUGAUACUUGUCUAUUUUUGUGUAUCAAAUCAAACUGUAAAUUCAUGUAAAUUGUAAGAUAUCAAUUAUGUAAAAUAUCAUCACAACAAAAUGAGCACAAGAAAUGGGCGUAGUUUAGUGAGAAUGGAAAGUCAGUAUAUUCGGUUAGAGAGGGAGAAGUUGUUGUAGAAAUGUAAGUGAAUGUUCUUCAUAAUUGUACUUUUUUUAAGUCAUGGAUGACAGUACCCAUACCUUUUUUGUUCUAAAAAAUGGUUGUAGCGUAUUGGGCGUUCAUGAAAAUUGCAAUUAUAAUGUACAUCACAGUAAAAUGAGAAUAAAUUCUUGACGAUUUAAGGUGUGGAUCAUUGACAUUGUGGGUGAUGAUCUGAAAAACUGAUACAAUAUGGCACUAUUACUAGGGUAAGAGUAAACUGUCGGAUCUCGCUGGGUUGUAUUCAAUACCGGGUGGGUGUUUCAUAAAGCUGGUCGUAAGUUAAGAGCGACUUUAAGAACAAAUGGUGAACCUUUCUUACGCUCUAAAUGAUCACCAAUGAACAUUUAAUGGUCAAUAAAAUUUACAAGAAAGGAUCACCAGUCAUUCUUAACUUCCUAACAAUCGGCUUUAUGAAAUGGCCCCUGGUACUAUAUCACGUGAGUGUUUCACACAUAUGUAACGUGCAAUCAACUUUACGAGUGACUGGUGACCCUUUUUACAAAUAAAACCAACACAAAUGAAAAUCUGUAGUAUAUCAUUUACCACAAAAAAGGGUGACCAGUUGUUUGUAAAUUUGCGCGUAAGUUACGAACAACUUUAUCAAACACCCACCAAGGCUGGUAUUUUGUGUGCCCAACCCUCUAAAUUCUUGUGUCUAAUCUGGCUGGAUCCGCUCGUACAAGUAUAGACAUUUUUAUGAUACAUGCACAAUAUACAUCUUUAUUAAUGCAGGUUUCUUUUUCUUCAACUUUUUGUUAAUGUGGAUUUGUGUUGUAGGUGUUAGGUUGUACAUUAACUGCUUUAGAAUUAUUCCAGACAUGACCAAAUGCUGUAAAAAGUGAUAACUUUCUUUUUUAAUGGAUUUUAAUAGAAGUAAUCAUUGGAUGACUGAGACUUGUGUAUCAUUAAAAAAAAGUGUGAUAAAUUUGCAGCCUCAGCAUUGGGACAAAUCAUUAAUUAUUAUUUUCAUACAGUGAACAUGUAGUUGUUCCUUUCACCCUUUUUUUUCCAGCUGCACAAAACCUAUUUCUGAGUUACAUCAUUUUGUUAUGUGGAAUCAUUGGUAGUCCACAAUGAUGAGCAGUGCACAAGAUUUGUACAUAAAGGUGUCUGUACCAUAAGACACUUGGACAUAGAAUGCACUCCAUGAUGUAAUACUUCUGGAACACUACAUUGCAAAUACAUCUUUUGACUUUUGUGACACUGGAAGGGUUAAUCAUGGUGGGGGUGAAUCUUUGUUAACACACAAUAUAGGCAUUUUAUGGCUUUUUUUUUAUAAGUAAUGUCUGUAAGACCGUAACUCAAUGUAACAUGCAAGAAAUACAUGCUCUACUGCUAUUGACUGGAACUCAAAUAACAAACAUGGCUGUAUUGUGUAUAAUUGUAUAACAUGAAUUCUUAAUUAAAAACAAAAUAGCUUUGUCUUGAUGGCUAUUGAAAUUGGAAAAGUGUAAUAUCUGUGUUGUACAGAACUACCCAUAAUUCAUGUGAGUAUUUAACUGGAGCUUUAAAGCAAUUUUUUAUUUUAUUUGGGUGAGUUGGUUACUUGGCGAGUUUGGUAACUUCUAACAUUCUUGUUGGCGGUGUCUAAUUCAUAUCACAUGUAUCAUUGGAUUACACACAUUACGUCAUUCUUUGUAAAUAAGAGCUGUGAAAUCUUGUGCCAAGUAAUUCCUUUGUGCUUAGAUGACUUGAGAUUUUUCAAGACAGUUUAUUGAAGUAUGGUACAGAAACAGUUAUUGAAUUAGAUACUGUUACAAUUUGAUGCUGUAUGUUACCCAGUUAUAUAAAUGAUAGUCUAAAUGUACGGUAAUAGUUCCAUUGUUAAGUUUCUUAUCUUGGCUGUUUUUAAUGAUUUUUUUUCACUCUGAAUAUUUUUUGGGAGAAAUCAUGUACAUUAAGUGUAAUAUUGUAAAAACAGAGAUUAGAGUUUUUACUUGAAGUUUGUAUGGAUGUGACGGUAUGGAUUUUUAAACCAACUUGUAAAGUGUUAAUUGUUGGAAUUUCAUUAAAGAAAGUUCGCAUUUCUUGUUGCUCAAA